UCUGACUGUAAUAAACAUACAUCCCAGUGAUUCCAGACCUGGAGGAGGUUCAAGAGGAAGACCUCACCAUGCAGAUCGCUGCUCCACCCAGUAUCCAGGUGAACAGAGUUAUGACCUACAGAGACCUGGACAACGACCUCAUGAAGUACUCGGCUUUUCAGACCCUGGAUGGAGAGAUUGACCUGAAGCUGCUCACGAAGGUUUUAGCCCCGGAGCAGGAGGUGAGAGAGGAGGACGUGGGCUGGGAUUGGGAUCAUCUGUUCACCGAGGUCUCCUCUGAGCUCCAGACGGAAUGGGAUCAAGGAGAGCGGGAAGAUCAGUCUCCGCUUCCUGUGGCCUGAGGAUGGAUUUACACCUCAUGUGCUCAGAUAGGAAAAUAUUGUUCAUAUUGAAUGUGUUUCUUGACGUGUCAUUGCUUACGCUCUGUGUGUUUCUCAUUAAGGUUAACCUUGCAAACCCAGAAACAUUGCUUUUCUUAACUGGAUCAAUCUGGAGACAUUUGUCACCAAAAUCCAAGGUUAAUGAGCAGGGAAACUAAAAUCCAGUUGAUUGAGUUAAAAUGAACUUUGCACAUCCGAGCAAGCCGGCCUUAUCGUUAUUGACCACAGCAUCGACCAUCUGAGCUCGUCCUGUUCUCAUGAGCUUCAUUCCUGCAUUUCUAUCACACCGUGUGGAUUAACGUGAUAACCUGCUUCAUUUAAGCCAGAAUAUCAAAUAUAUGUGUUUAAAUGUCACUAUUUGAAAAAUGCACGUCUCAUGAAAUCAGUAGUUAAAACUGAAAUGUUUCAUUUUUUUUUUUUGAUGAUAAUCAGUAUGUGUCUUGUAUACGAUGUAUUUGUUUUGACAGCUUUUCUCAAUCGAUUUGACA